AUGGCAACCAGACUACUUUCCACUUUAACUGUUUAUCCUGAUAUUGAAUUUCAGGGCAUCAACCAAGGCCCAUUACAGUUGGUGCUCCUCACAAUCUGUUUUUCAGGCAAACUUCCAAUGCAAGUUAUCAAAAGGAAUAUGCCUGUUCAGAUUUCAGUUUCUUUUGGAGAAGAAUAUGUGUCCUUUACCUCACCAGUUGUAGAAGUGGUAUCAAUGGAUCUAUGCUCCAGUUCUGGAGAAUCAACACAUCCAGACGGCACUGUGAGUGACGCUAAUUCUCCUGCGCACCAAGAUGUGUCAGAUGACAUCCAAAUCCUGUUCCUGCCACUUCGACACUUUGACAAUUCUGACUGGAACACAUGGGCAACACUAUCAAAGAAUAUCGAAAGUUGGUUGGUUGACAUUGGUUCUGAGACACAACUGUGGAUGUGGGGGCACAACACAUUCUGGCUUGCCUUCAUUGUGGCUUAUCCAUUGUUCCCAAGGGGCUCAUGGCCAAAGUGGGAUUCCCAUAUCCCUUUGGAAGGUUCAUUCAUCGAGCAGUGGCUAGAACAGUCAGGUGAUCAUACCAUGAUCGAACAGGAACAAGACUCUAUCAGGGUGGACAUCUGGGACAAGUUUUGCAAACAUGCUGCCCUGUUCUUUCCUCAUUCUCUUGUUGUUUCAGACUGA